AUGGCGGACAUGAGCACCAAAGAGGUCGCCGAAGGCAGUCAGCUUCGCCAGCGCCAUCAUGAAGGUCGCCAAAUCGAAAUCGUCGGCCCGGAUGGCCAGCACAGAAAAGUCGCGGUCGCUGACCUGACCCAAGACGACUCCGAACUGGCCACCAGGUUCGGCUAUAACCCGGUUUUCAAGAGAGAAUUUGGAUACUUGUCGACAUUUUCGUUCGCCGUCAGUAUCAGUGGUCUUUUUGCUACUAUUAUGACUACCUUGUCGUACCCAUUGCUCGCCGGUGGCAGCAGUGCGGUUAUUUGGUGUUGGUUUAUCUCUGGUUUUGGCUGCAUGUGUAUUGCAUGCUCUGUCGCCGAGCUGGUCUCUGCUUAUCCUACCUCCGGUGGACUGUACUUCACUAUCUCUCGUCUCGCACCCAACACUUGGGUUCCCUCCAUCAGCUGGGUUACCGGCUGGCUUAACCUCCUCGGCCAGGUCGCUGGUGUUGCGUCGUCCGAAUAUGGAGCAGCCCAAAUGCUCCUCGCAGCGGUCUCUAUGAGCCGCGACUUCAACUAUGAAAUUACCGCAAACACUACUGUUGGCGUGAUGGCCGCUCUUACCGUCAUCACCGGUGUGGUCAACUCUCUGUCCACCUACUGGAUGGAGAAGAUGACCAAGUUUUAUGUCAUUUUCCAUGUCUGCGUUCUGGUUGCUUGCUCCAUCGCGUUGCUGGUCUUGACCAAGGAUAAGCACGACGCUAAGUACGUCUUCACUGAAGUCAGGUCCGAGAGUGGCUGGACACCUAUUGGCUUCAGUUGGUUGUUCGGAUUCCUGUCCGUCAGCUGGACAAUGACAGACUACGAUGCGACUGCCCACAUCACUGAGGAGAUUAACACCCCCGAACUCAAGGCUCCCUGGGCUAUCUCCUCUGCCAUGCUGUUCACCUAUGUCGCUGGCUUCCUGUUCAACAUUGUGCUUUGCUUCUGCAUGGGCGACCCCGACGAAAUUCUUGCCUCGCCCAUGGCCCAGCCUGUCGCUCAAAUCUUCUACAACAGCCUGGGCAAGGGCGGUGGUAUGUUCUUCACCAUUGCGGGUCUGAUCAUCAUCAAGUUCGUCACUUUCACUGCCAUGCAGGCCCUUGGCCGCACUGUUUUCGCCUUCUCCCGCGAUCGCAUGAUGCCCUUCUCCAAUGUCUGGAUCAAGAUUGCUCCUUGGACUGGAACCCCCCUCUACGCUGUGUGGAUGUCCGUUUUCUUCUGCAUUGCCAUCAACUUGAUCGGUCUUGGCUCCUACACUGCUAUUGCGGGUGUUUUCACAGUCUGUGCUAUUGCUCUGGAUUGGAGCUACUGCAUUCCCAUUUUUUGCAAGCUGUUCUUUGGCAAGUUCCAGCCUGGUCCCUGGCACAUGGGCCCCCUCAGUACCAUCGUCAACAUAUGGGCGUGUUUGUGGACCCUUUUCGUCAGCAUCAUCUUUGUUCUCCCUACCGCGAUGCCGGUCACCGCGGAGACCAUGAACUACGCCUGUGUCUACCUGGUGGCAGUUCUCCUGUUCGCUCUGGUUUACUGGUACAUUCGUGGCCGUGCAGUGUACACCGGCCCUGUCACCGAAGCCAUUUCGGAUGAGAUCUCCGAGAACGAGAUCGUGGAGUUUGAAAAGGCUGCCAAAGGCCCCGCCGCGUAA